AUGGGGUCAGCCUGGUAUCUCCACAAGUUCAGUGCGUUGGUCUGCGUCACAUGGUCAACCAUGUGGUGGGUUACUCUUCUCCUUUCAUUAAUGACUUCCCUGCCCUGCCCAUGGCAAAUUUGUUCGACUGCUGGUCUUACUGCCCGCGCGCCGGAAACGUUGGCUGCAACGACCACGGAACACCUGACUCAGCUUGAUCCAGGUUUGUCUGGCCGCGCAAGCCCAAAACGUUUUGUGAGGAAUGCACCGUGGAGUGCUGCAGUUUCACGCCACGGAUUCCUGCGUGACCAGCCACCCAGUGAUGCUUACCGAGGCCAGAUCAGCGAGUUUUCAGCGAGUGGCAAGGAUCACACAGUUGUACCAGACCAACUAACCAGCCCUGAAGACACUCUCACAUCGUUCUUAGGUGCAAAUUCAACGGCCGCGGCCGAACCGCCUGCUUCAACCACAGGUGGUCCGUACUUAGCGCCACGGCCGCUGGAGACGUGGCUACCGCAACCAACCCCUCCUGCCGGUCCUCUUUCUGAUCUCCCCCUGCCACAUCUCCCAGAGCUGCCAGUUAUCUCCUACGUGAAUACGACAGCCAUGCAGUCUCCUAUUGCUACUAGGAUUGCGAACGCUCUGCCAUUUGUGAACGUCUUGCCUCCACCUCCACUCGCCCCACUGCCAACAUCCGUGGUUAGCAAUGCGCCACCGGCCCCAGCUUCACCCGAACCUGUGGUGGCUCCUGCUGCGUCUUCAUCUGUGCCCCAACAGCAGACACUGGCUUUCCAGCCAAGCAUCGCACUUCCUCUUGCGACAGCCACAACACCUCAGUCUGCGUCGGUGACUCAGCCGAGUCUGAAUCAGCCACUCUCACCUAGUGUCGUUCCCGCUUCAGGAGCGAUGCCUGGGAUAGUGGCGCAAGCCUCAUCCACAGUUCCAAUAUCGCCGGUUAUUCCGCUGAACGUUCCCGUUUCAUCCGAAAGUCAAGUUCAAGGAACGAUUGCAACGCCAAGUGACGGGGGCCCUCAGCAUGUGGCCCCAGAAAGCCAGCCAGAAGAAACCGAGGUCAAAGAAGGACAUGACGUCUCAAUCUCGGAUGCCGGCAUGCCAUCGGAGGGGGAUGAAAAUGCGGGGAGUGGGGUCACUCAGCUGGGUGCAGCGGAAGAGCUACUACAGUCUCCUAACAACGUGUGCUUCGACCGAUGCACGUGCAUACCGGUCGUUAUCGGAGGCGUUAGUGUCCUGGUCAUUAGCGGUGUUUCCGUUUUGGCGGCGACAAUUCUCAUGUCUCAGUUGUUUUCCAAGGGUUUUUUUUCCAAAAACUUCUUCCGCCACGGUGGCUGGGUGAUACUGUUGGCAUCUGGCGUUGGCCUAGUUGCUGGAGGUUUGUUGGGUGGACUCGUUAACCAGUGCUGGACGAGCGCACUGUAUGCUGGAGGUGGCUUUAUGUCAUUUGCUGUCUCCUCUGUACUGGUGGGGACGCGAGGUGCCUGGAUUGGCGGUUUCGGUGGAUCCAUCGCAGGAGCCACAAUUGCUGGACUUGCUAGCGCAACCCCUGUAGCUGUAACUCUCGGCCUUGUAUUCGGAUUACUGGCUGGCAUCGUUAUUGGCUUCGCCCCCAUCUUGACGGGAGUUGAAAUGAAUGUCCGCUACAUACGAUGGCGAACGCGAGCGCACAGGCUGGCGUCUAGCCGUUCGCACACGGACGACCACAGACGAGGUACGUUCGGCUUCUCUCCGGCUGCGGACGGCUCCAGAGGCCCCUCAGAAACUACUGGGGCCCCCGGAUCAGGGACGACCCUUUCCUUAGGGGGUGGCAGUACACGGAGACUCCGCUCUGGGAGUGUAACGAGUGAGGAAGCGAUCGACCCUUUCGGGGACGAUCGAGAAAUUGUGGCAUCAAGGUUGUGA